UUCCAAGAUCUGGCGCCGGCCUGACACUUACUUUGAGUUCCAUAGGACCAGAGACCUAGGAUGAGGAGCACUGGCUUUGCCCUGAACCUGCUUUUGAUAUCACCCCUCUUCUUCCUGUGGACUGUGGUCGCCCUGGACCUGGGACAAACACCCUGCACCACCCUGGUCCAGGGGAAAUUCUUUGGCUAUUUCUCCUCCUUUGCUGUCUUCCCAUCGAACUCCUCCCGGUGCUCUUGGAUCAUCCAGAACCCGGACCCCCGGAGGUACACCUUGUACAUGAAGGUCCUGAAACCCACCGGCCUAUGUGGCCACCAGCCCAUACGCACCUACCAGUUCGACUCUUUCCUGGAGUCCACCCGCACCUACCUGGGCAUGGAGAGCUUCGACGACGUGCUAAAACUCUGUGACACGUCCACCAGGCACGCCUUCCUCCAGUCCAACAAGCAGUUCCUCCAGAUGAAGCAGACCGCGCCCCCGGGAGAAGGUGGGCACGGGCGGCGGAAGCCCGCCAAGCCUCAGGAGCAGGACUUCUCGGUGGAGUACCUGGUGGUGGGCAAUCGGAGCCCCAGCAAAGCCGCCUGCCAGAUGCUGUGCCAAUGGCUGGACACCUGCCUGACCACCAGCAGCAGCUCCCAUCCCUGUGGCAUCAUGCAGACGCCUUGCUCGUGCUCUGGAGGGGAGGUGCUGGACCUGCCCGGCGAGAUGUUGGGGCUACCCAAGAGGAAGGAAGAUUGUUUCAAGGAUGGGAUUUAUUUGGAAAACUGCAUGAGCGGCGGCCGGGUGGAGCUUCUGGGUGGCUGGAACCCUUGGUCGGCUUGGGGAGACUGCACUCGAGACUGCGGGGGCGGUCUCCAGACGCGCACCCGAACCUGCCAGCCCGUGCCCGAGGAAGGCCUGAUCUGCGAAGGCGUGCUGGAGGAAGGGAGACUGUGCAACCGAAAAGCCUGCAAUACCAACGGACGCUAUAAUUCCAGAAGCCAGUCGCUGAGGUCCACAGAUAACAGGAAGCGAGAGGAUGCUGACGAACUGCAACAGUACGGCUACCCGGCACCGCAAAUAGGUGACCCUGCCGCGGAGGAGUGGUCCCCGUGGAGCGUGUGUUCGACCACCUGUGGGGAGGGCUGGCAGACCAGGACCAGGUUCUGCGUGUCGUCCUCCUACAGCACUCAGUGCAGCGGCCCUCUCCGGGAGCAGAGACAGUGCAACAACUCCGCCGUCUGCCCAGUGCACGGCACCUGGGACGAGUGGUCUCCGUGGAGUCUGUGCUCCUCAACUUGUGGGCGUGGGUAUAGGGAUCGAACCCGCACCUGCAAGCCCCCGCAGUUUGGUGGAAACCCCUGCGAGGGACCUGAAAAACAAACUAAGUUCUGCAACAUUGCACUUUGCCCAGGCCACUCAGUGGAUGGGAACUGGAAUGAGUGGUCGAGCUGGAGUUCCUGUUCUUCCACCUGCUCCAACGGUACCCAGCAGCGGACACGGGAGUGCAACGGACCCUCCUACGGUGGAGCGGAGUGCCAGGGGCACUGGGUGGAAACCCGAGACUGCUUCCUAAGGCAGUGCCCAGUGGACGGCAAGUGGCAGGCGUGGGGGCCGUGGGGGAGCUGCACGACCUCCUGCGGGGGCGGGACGCAGAGGCGCGACCGAGUGUGCUACGGCCCCUUCUUCGGAGGAGACGCCUGCCAGGGGCCCAAGGAGGAGUACAAGCAGUGCAAUGACAAGAAAUGCCCUGAGCCCCACGAGAUAUGCGACGAGGAUAACUUUGGUUCCGUGGUGUGGAAGGAAACGCCCGCUGGAGAUGCUGCGGCUGUCCGGUGUCCUCGCAAUGCCACGGGGUUGAUCCUCCGAAGAUGCACUUUAGAUGAAGAAGGGAUAGCGUACUGGGAGUCUCCGACGUACAUCAAGUGUGUUUCCAUUGACUACAGGAACAUACAGGUGAUGACAAGGGAGCAUCUCUCCAAAGCCCAGCGGGGGCUGAUGGGGGAAGGGGUGUCGGAAGUGCUGCAAAACCUGGUGGAGAUCUCCCAGGACGGGACCAGCUACAGCGGGGACCUGCUCUCCACCAUGGACGUACUCAGGAACAUGACCGAGAUCUUCCGCAGGGCGUAUUACAGCCCCGCUGCUGGGGACGUGCAGAACUUCGUCCAGAUCAUCAGCAACUUGCUGUCAGAGGAAAACCGGGACAAGUGGGAGGAAGCUCAGAUGAUGGGGCCGAAUGCCAAGGAGCUGUUCAGGCUGGUGGAGGAUUUCAUUGAUGUCAUUGGAUUUCGCAUGAAAGAUUUCCGGGACUCUUACCAAGUGACGGACAAUCUGGUCCUCAGCAUUCACAAACUCCCCGCCAACGCCGCCACCGACAUCAGCUUCCCCAUGAAAGGCUGGAGGGGCAUGGUGGACUGGGCCAGGACCUCCGAGGACAAGGUCACCAUCUCCAAGAGCAUCCUCUCGACAGGGCUAGCAGAGACCGACGACUCCUCCGUCUUCGUGGUGGGCACCGUGUUGUACCGGAACCUGGGGAGCAUCCUCUCGCUCCAGAGGAACGCCACGGUGCUGAACUCCAAAGUCAUCUCUGUGACCGUGAAGCCGUCUCCCCGCUCCCUGCUCACGCCCCUGGAGGUGGAGUUCUCCCACCUGUACAACGGAACCACCAACCAGACCUGCAUCCUGUGGGACGAGGCCGAUGUAUCCUCCUCCUCCUCCUCCUCCCAGCUUGGUGCCUGGUCCUGGCGCGGCUGCCGAACAGUCCCGGUCGAUUCCUUCCGAACUAAAUGCCUCUGUGAGAGACUCUCUACCUUCGCCAUCUUAGCCCAGCUCAGCUCAGACAUGAACAUGGAGAAGGUGUUGGUUCCUUCUGUCACACUAAUCGUAGGCUGUGGAGUCUCUUCCCUGACGCUUUUGCUCUUGAUUAUCAUUUACGUCUCUGUCUGGAGCCUGAAUUUUUUAGCUUCCGAUUCCACCCGCUGGGUCUUGGUAUGCCUAUGCCUGGGGAGUGAAUCGAGAUACAUCCGCUCAGAACGCUCUGUUAUUCUCAUCAACUUCUGCCUCUCCAUCAUUUCCUCCAAUGCUCUCAUUCUGAUUGGACAAACCCAGACUCGGAAUAAGGUGAUAUGCACCCUGGUGGCGGCUUUCCUGCAUUUCUUCUUCCUCUCCUCUUUCUGUUGGGUGCUGACCGAGGCCUGGCAGUCCUACAUGGCCGUGACGGGCAGGUUACGGAACCGCAUCAUUCGCAAGCGCUUCCUGUGUCUUGGAUGGGGGCUGCCCGCCUUGGUGGUUGCCAUUUCCGUGGGAUUUACGAAAGCCAAGGGCUACGGCACCGUGAACUACUGUUGGCUGUCACUAGAAGGAGGCCUUCUCUAUGCCUUUGUGGGACCAGCGGCUGCAGUUGUUUUGGUGAACAUGGUUAUUGGCAUUCUGGUUUUUAACAAACUUGUAUCCAAAGAUGGGAUAACAGAUAAGAAACUGAAGGAACGGGCAGGUCAGAUGGCAGUGCCUCUUUACGGCAUGACGCUCAAAUGUUCCAAGUGUGGAGUAGUUUCUUCCGCGGAAGUUUCGGCCACAGCCACCAGUAACGCCAUGGCUUCCCUUUGGAGCUCCUGUGUGGUCCUACCUCUCCUGGCACUCACCUGGAUGUCUGCGGUUCUGGCAAUCACGGACCGGCGGUCAGCACUCUUCCAGAUCCUCUUUGCGGUCUUUGACUCCCUGGAGGGUUUUGUUAUCGUGAUGGUUCAUUGCAUCCUGAGACGAGAGGUCCAGGAUGCAGUGAAGUGCCGCGUGGUGGAUCGUCAAGAAGAGGGGAACGGAGACUCAGGAGGGUCAUUUCAGAAUGGACAUGCUCAGCUAAUGACCGAUUUUGAGAAGGAUGUGGAUAUGGCUUGUAGAUCAGGUGAGCACAUCACAGUGCUGAAUAAAGACAUCAGCACGUGCAGGACCUCGACCAUCACGGGGACGCUGAAGCGCCCCUCGCUGCAGGACGAGGAGAAGCUGAAGCUCAACCACCAGAAGGGGUCCUCGAACUUUAACAGUCUUCCAGCCAACGUCUCCAAGAUGCACCUGCAGGGCUCCCCGCACUACCUGGGGGCCAUCAACCUGAACGACUUCAGCAACCACACCCUCACCCUGAAGAAGGAGAAGAACCAGCCGCCCAAGUCGAUCUACAUCUGCGACGGGGACAUCUUCAAGAAGCUGGACACGGAGCUCUCGCGGGCGCAGGAGCAAGCCCUGGACACCAGCUACGUCAUCCUGCCCAGCAACAGUACCGCCACCCUGCGGGCCAAGCCCCCCAAGGACGACAGCAAAUACAGCAUCAACAUAGACCAGAUGCCCCAGACCCGGCUCAUUCACCUCAGCAUGGCGACCGACCCGGGCUUCAUCGUCAAGAGCCCACCCAGGGAGCCCAGGGCGAUGACCUGCGCCGAGGUGCAGGGCUCCCCCAUGUUGCAGCAGCAGCAGCAGCACAUCUCCGGCGAGGCGCAGCUCCCCAACAGCCUGUGCGACCCGGGCGACUCAGGGAACUUGGGCAUGGUGCCCAAGAGCGAGACGGUCUCCACCCUCUCCAUGAGCUCCUUGGAGCGACGGAAAUCCCGGUACGCAGAGCUAGAUUUUGAGAAAAUCAUGCACACGAGAAAGCGUCACCAGGACAUGUUCCAGGACCUGAACAGGAAGCUGCAGCACGCGGAGAAGGAGAAGGAGCCUCCACCAAUGGAGAGCAAGCAAGAAAAACAGCAGACACCAAACAAGAGACCCUGGGAAGGAAUCCGGAAGGUCCAGUCACCACCAUCAUGGGUUAAAAAGGACAUGGAACCUUUACCACAAUCUCCCUUAGAACUAAAAACUGUAGAGUGGGAGAAAACUGGUGCCACCAUACCUCUGGUGGGACAAGACAUUAUAGACCUUCAGACGGAGGUCUGAGAGGAAAGAAAAAAGGGGACUUUUUUUCCAGAAAAACAAACACAUUUUUAAAAAGCGGAUUAAAUUCCAUCGGAAGCGAAUGAGGAAGAGUGUUUGGUUUCUUUUGAAACCUUUGGUAAAAAAAGAAGUAACUUUUGUAUCGUUCUCAGCAGAGAGGGGAAUAUUACUUUAUAGAACUUAGUAGCGGUAGGUACAGAACAACGCGAUCUUCCCUGGGUGGGCCCAAAGAGGACACGAGCCUGGAAAAUUAAUGGAGGGAGAAUGGGAGGGGGAGGGUGGGGAACAAAACCAACACGACACUUUAGUGGUGAGAGGAUGAUGGGGAGCCAUUGCCAGAUACGUUGAGUCUUCCUGCUCUGGAACUGGGAGCUACAAAAGGACACUGGGAGCAAAUAUGGCAGCAGAAGGGCCAAGAGGAGUGGGGUUAUCUUCAGGAAACAAUGAACAGGGAUUAAUUCAGGGGGAAACCAGCCAGGAUGCUAGCUGGCCAAGGACUUUGGGGGAAAGCUAAGUAUUGGCUGGCCUAUGAUGGGAGGGGGAAAGAACCAUUCUGCUUACUUCAGUCCGCCCCCCUCUCCCCCCACCGGCCCAGCAUCUUGGAGAAGAAGAGAAUUGGAGCUACCAAGCUGUUGCAUCUUGUGGUUGAGAAGACCACCCCACGCCAAUCUGAAAAAUUAGGUCCUCAGCUAUGGACCGACACAAGCCAACUCAGAGGAUGUUCUAGGGGAAAUGCCAGAGAUAUUGGUUGUAGCAUAUGGCUACUGAGAGAAGCAUGUUGGGUUUUUUCUCCCCAUUCCUCUGCUGAGGACUUGCUGAACUCUCUGAAGAGCGAGACACGCAGAGUGGGAAGAGACUGUCUCUUAAAUCAACAACAAACCCAUUCAUCCAGUCUCCAGAUUGAGACGUUUCACAACCAACAAAAAGAAUGUAGGUCAUUUAAUUGACUGUUAAAAACAAAGCGAUAAACUCAGCGCGAACCUUGCACAAAGGUUCUGAUGGCCUCAUUGUCUUUUCCCUUUUUUUGUUUUGUUUUGUUUUGUUUUGAGAUUCGACGUAUUUCCAGCCACCUCCCCUGGAAGCCACAAUGACCUGCUUCCAUGACCUUGGAGACAUUCAAGACAUGGAGAAUAUUGCUGUAGGACAUUGAGACGAACUGAUAAAUGAGUAACAUACACUUGGAAAAAAAAAUCUAUUUUUUCUUCUUCUUUUCUUUUCUUCAAUAAAAACAGAACUUGAAACCCAAGACCUUUCCUUUCUUUGGCUCCUGUCAUUUCAAAUAUCUUUCUGUAGCUUGGUUCCGUGCACCUGAGGGGCAAGGAUGCCAAUGCCCCAAGGUUGAGUGGGAGUCACUUGUGGAAAAAAUAGGAUGGUGAGAAACGCACGGGCCCUUGUGUACAGUAGGUUGGAAUGUUCUGUUUUAUGGCUGGUUAUUUUCCUUACACCCUACCCUGCUUUCACUAUUUCACAGAGCUAGAGACCAGGUUUCUGGUACUAGUGGAAGAAAAGGACGUGGGUAGAGCUGGCCACAAAAUUGGGGAUAUUUUUUCAUCAAAAAUUGGGCUUCAAUGUUGGGGUGUUUUUUAUGACAAAUUUUCCUCAAUUUUUUCAUGAAAACGUUAAUUUGCAUUUUUACACACGAAAAAGCCCAGUGUUGUUUGCACAAAACAUUUUGUCCCCCCCAAAAGUCCAAAAUUUUUAAGCAAAAUAAUUUCCAUCAGUAUUUUAACAUGAUCAAUUGUCAUUUUUUAUGAAAGACUUUAAUCAGAAUUUCUUACAUAACCCAAUUUUCACCGCUUCUUUUUCCACCAUACUUGUUUCACCAAAAAUGUUCAUUCCAAUUCUGACCAAUUUCCACCAGCUCUAAAAUGGCUAUCGCUAACCAUCUAUUUGUGAAAAAUCACAUUGAGCCAAAACAGCAGCUAAUCUAGAUCAGGGUUUGAUUUAUGCGUGUGUGUGUGUGUGUGUGUGUGUGUGUGUGUGCGCGCGUGUGUGUGUUUCUUUUUUUAGGAAAAAGCUAACGACAGGAAUAACAUUUAAAACAAUCAAUGAAAUCAAAUUGUGCUCCCCCGCCAAGAGCUG